UGUUAGUGUUAGUGUUGUUAUAGAAUACUAGAUCUAGAUCUAUGCCGCACUAUGGCCUAUUUCUGAGAUGUUCAUGAUGUUGUAAUCUAAAGAUUGUAGACAGACCGGUAUCUUUGUUUAUGAUGAAAGAACAAAUUCUUACAUAGAACUAGCUUGAAACAGAGUCUAGAUCUAGAUCUAUGGAUUGAUCUACUGAGUGUUCUCAUCGAGCACACACUCAGAGUCACAGAGGACACUUCACUAAUUUAGUCAAUUAGAAUCUAACUAAUAAUAACUAAUUAACUCAAUUAGACUCAAUUUAUACUAUUUUUUAGUCUAAAAUUAGUAAAAUUGGAUUUUGAUUAAGACAAAGAGUGACUAGAAAACUAGAUCUAAGUGGUGUUGGAUUUAUGAUUUGGAUAGAAAACAUAAAUUAGAUCUAGUAAUCUAGUAGUUAGAGUAGUAAGUGUCAUCUAUAGUAAGAACUAUUACAUCUGUUAUGGCAAACAAUGUCAAUGAAGCUACACCAUUAUUAUCAUCAGAUUUGAAAAACUUAGAACAUCACAAAAAUGUCUCUUCUUCACUAGAAUGCCAAAUUUCUGUGAUAAGAGAGACCUCACCGUCCCAUGAUAAAAGUACAACUGAACUUGAUAAUAAGGCUGAGGACAAAUUUAAAUUAUGGGCUUUGUCCCACAGAAAGAAAAUGGUUGUUUUUUCCUUAGUGCUUUCCAAUUUUUUGGUUGGAUGCUGUUUCUCAUUAUUGGCACCUUUUUAUCCACAAGAGGCAGAGAAGAAAGAUGUUUCCAAUUUAGUGACAGGUUUCAUUUUUAGCAGUUUUGAGCUCACAAUAUUUGUCUCGUCCCCAGUUUUUGGAAACUUUAUGACUAGAAUUGGUCCAAGAUUCAUGUUAAUAGCCGGGCUUUUAACUGCUGGUUCCUGUGCAGUUUUAUUUGGAACUCUAGAUAGAUGUCCUCCUGGCACACCUUUUAUCAUCAUCUCCUUUGCUUGUCGAUGUGUUGAAGCUCUUGGUUUUUCGGCCUUCAUUACUUCAGGGUUUGCCAUAAUUUCCAGUGAGUUUCCAAAAAAUGUUGGCACAGUAUUUGCGUUGUUAGAAACUGCUGAUGGCAUUGGGCUAAUGGUUGGACCUGCAUUAGGGGGCGCUCUGUAUGAGCUUGGUGGUUAUGGUCUGGGAUUUUAUGUGCUUGGUGGAUUGACACUGGCAACUGGUGGCAUUAUGAUAUUUCUGCUACCUGAAACACAAGAUGCUCACCAGGAGAGGAAAGGGAAAGUUUUGACCUUGUUGAAAAGUCCAUUUAUCUGGUUCUCAGUCUUCAGUAUAGCUGUGGCUUCACUAGGAAUAAUGUUUCUAGAUCCAACAUUUUCCAAGCACUUGAAACAGUUUGAUUUGUCACCAGCUUUAAUUGGCCUAAUAUUUGUUAUUACUCCAGGUCUAUAUGGAUUGACUUCCCCUUUCUGGGGUUACAUUAGCGAUACAAAGAAUAUGAAUGGUAGAUUGAUAUUUUUAGGAAACCUGAUGUGUGGGAUCUCUUAUCUUCUGAUAGGUCCAAGUCCUUAUUUGCCUUUUAUACCUGAAAAGCUUUGGGUUAUCAUAAUAGGAUUAGUCAUUCUUGGUACCUUUAUAUCUCUGUGCAUGGUUCCUACAUUGAACUGUUUACUUCAAGGAGCAGUAGAACUAGGGUUUGAAAACAACUUGGAUACAUAUGGCAUCAUUUCUGGUCUUUUUAAUUCUGCUUUUUGUCUUGGGUCUUUUACUGGCCCUAUGGUUGGUGGAGUACUCAUUGAUUACAUAGGAUUUAAUUAUGGAGCAACAGCUGUGAGUGGAAUACAUUUCUUUGCUGCGAUUGCUUGUUGCUUUUUCUUCAUAAGUCGUCACCUGAAACAACAUGCAAGAUUGGACAUCUCAGAAGACAUACUGCCAAGUUCUAGUAUACCUCAGACAUGAGAAUCAUGCUCAGACAAUUAGUUUUAAUCUACAAAACUUUGUUGUCAGAUUGUUCAGUUUUACAUUAUUAUUUACACUUGGGUGAAGUGGAUUACCUAAUAAAAUCUGCCAGUUCAACCUUAUUAAAUAAAAUGACACAUUCACUUUUGGUCACAAGUUUGUUGUCAUUAAUUUGCAGCUCAAUUUUAUUUUUGUGUCAAAUCCAUGUUCAAACUGUUUAUCUAAAAAGCUUGAAAAAGUGCACAGGAAGUGAUAGUUUUUGUUUUACACUUUCUCAGAAAUUGGUGCAUAGCUCUAGAAUUAGGAUUAGCACUAAAAUUAAGUUUCUGCUAGUUAAUUAUUCACACAUAUUGUUAUUGAUUAAAUAUACUUAUGUAGCAUUUUAUUAAACUAAAUUCAUGUAUAUAUUAAAACUAUCUAUACAACCAAGAUGCAAGUUUGCAUUUUUGUAAAGAACAUAUUGAUUUUGUGAUUAAUACAUAUUCUACACAUAAGCAAAAUUAUUGUCUCAAAUUUAGACAUUAGCAUUUGUACCUAUAAUUGUUGAAGUAUAUAAUUUUGUGGUUGUUUACAUAUACAAAUACUUGUUGGGUUAUUUAAUUAUGUGGCUGGUACAUAAUUUUUAUACCCCUAACAUGCCAGACCUUAAUAUUUUUCUUUCCAAAUGUGUGCCAUUUAAAUAAGUUUUGAAAUCCAAUUCUUUUUGUUAUAGUUUUUGUAACCAACCUGAUUGUACUUAGUUUGAAGUCAGAAUUGUAUUAUUAAAUGUAAUACACUAUUUUGUAAGAAGUGUUCAUGUCAAGCAAAGUGAACUUUGAUAGUUCAAGCUCAGAGAGAGAGAAAGGAAGUCAAGUCAGCAGAAGUGAAGGAAGUAUAAUCAAGUUGAAGUACAGUUAGUUGAGCUGAAGACAUUGGAAUUAAGUUAGUUGAUUGUAGUUGAGUUAGUUGUAUUAAGUGAAUACAGAGUUUGAAGUAGAGAAAUAAUUAUUAUGCAAUUAUCAUUCAGUUGAUAUUUAGUGCCAGAAUUGUGCCUUUAUUUUAUUUAUAUUGUCAAUAAGCAAGUUUCAGUCAUGACUCAUUUAUAUUUGGUAGUUACAUUUGGUAGUCAGAAUUAAAGUAUACAUAUGGUGACAUUUUCAAUAUUUUUUAAAGGUUUAAACAAAGAGACUUAUAGUCUACAGCUGUAAAAAUAUAUUUUUUUUGUAAUGCACAAAGAAGAAGCUGGCACAAUUAUUUUAAAAUUUUUUGCUUAAGAGAAACAUAUCUAAAAGCUAAAAUCUUACAACACAAGUGACAUUUCUAUAGAAUAACCAUGUCCAAAAGGUUGAACAUAUUUAUUGGCAAGAUUUUUAGUAGUUUGAAACAUUAUAUUGCUUUUUUUAUCCCUAUGAUGGGAAAUGUUACAAGAAAUGGAUCACUAUAUAAUCUGUGAUAAUUGUUAUUUUUUAAAAACUGGUUGUUUCUGUUACUUACAAUAUUAUGGAUUUAUAUAAAUUGUUGUUAUACAAUGAAAUUGAAAGUUUUUUUUUUUUUAAUGUAAAUUACUUAAAUAUUUUAAAAAAAAUAUUUUGUAAAAUAUUUCUUCCUUUCAUAAAAACUUAAGUGUUUAAUAAAUACAUUAUUUUUUCUUA